AUGACCGGCGCCGUGGUCGCGUCCGAGGGCGGCGACGGCGGGGAUAGCUGCGGGGCGACAGGCAGCGGCUGCUGCAGCAGGGCGACGGUCGCGGCGGAGGCCGCCAGGGGCGGCGCCUGCCAGGGCGGUGGCAGCUGCAGCUGUGGCUGCAGUGGCCCGGCGAGCGCAGCGGAGGCCGCCGGGUGCGGCGGCUGCCACGGCAGCAACAUCGGGCCGGUGGCGGUAGUUGGUGGCACGGCGGACGGUGGCGGCUGCAGAUGCAGCGACUGCUACGGCGGCGCGCCGGACAGCUGCAUCGGCUGCUGCUGCGGGGAGACGGUCGCGGGGGAGGCCGCCAGGAGCGGCGGCUGCCACAGGAGCCAGGGCGGAGCGGUAGCGGUGGUGGCCUGCAACUGCAGCGGCCCUGCGAGCACGAUGGGGGCCCAUGGGUGCAGCGGCUGCCAUGGCAGCAGCAGCGGCGCGGAGGCAGCGGCCUAG